UCAUGGCUGAAGGAAGAGAGAACUGGGCUGUUGAUGAAUUAUUAAAGGCCGAAGAAGAAGCUAAUAAUAUUAUUAAGACAGCUUAGAAGGAAAGAGAGAAGAAAAUAAAAGAGGCUAAAGUAGCAGCUGAUUAAGAAAUAGCAGUAUUUCGUAGAGAAGAAGAAACCAGAUAUAAUCAAGAAAUUCUUAGAGUAUUAUUAAAUAAUAAUUAUAGCGUUUUGGAUCAACAAAAGAAGAGGAAGAAUUAGAAAGAAAAACAAAGGCAGAAAUUGAUAAGAUAUAUCUAGAUUAUGAAGCAAAUAAAUUGGCAGUUGUGGAUAUGUUAAUUAAAAGAGUGAUUGAAGUGAAAUUGGAAGUUCCAAGAGUAGUAAAAGGAUAAUUUGAAUAACCAUAACAAAAUUUAUGAG